AUGGUCAUGUCCAUGAAGGUGAUGUCCAGCAGUAACUGCAGUGCACAGACAUCUGACAUGGCACACCUGCAAGACCGUACACCCAAAACUGUCAGCUGUAUCGUUCAUUUUCUUGACGACACUGUGGAGUCUUUUGAAGUGGAUAAGCGAAGCAAGGCCCAGCACCUUCUGGAUAAAGUUUUUGAACAUCUUGAGUUGGUGGAGAAAGAUUACUUUGGACUACAAUACUUAGACUUAGCUCCAGGAGAUGAUACACUUCGCUGGCUAGAUCCACUGAAAACAAUAAAGAAACAGUGCAGAGGACCAACAUACGAAUUCUUCUUUCGUGUCAAGUUUUAUGUGUCGGACCCCAGCAAAUUAGCUGAGGAAUAUACAAGGUACCAUUUCUUCUUGCAAGUGAAACGAGACAUAUUGUCAGGCAAGUUAGUAUGUUCUGAAGCAAGCGCUGGGAUACUUGCCAGUUACGCUGUGCAGUCUGAACUAGGAGAUUUUAACCCAGAUGAACACAAGGAUGACUAUCUUGACGGCUUCCUGUUUAUUCCAAACCAGAGCUGUGACUUCUUGAAGCUUGUUGCUGAGAAGCACAAACAACACAGAGGCCAGACACCUGCGGAUGCAGAAUACAACUAUUUAGAAAGAUCCAAGCGAUUGGAAAUGUAUGGUGUGGACUUGCAUAGUGCAAGGGAUCAAGACAGCACAGAUAUUCAACUAGGAGUGACAUCAGCGGGUCUUGUUGUUUUCCAGGACAAUGUAAAAAUACACACGUUUUCAUGGGCCAAGAUAGUGAAAAUUUCAUUCAAGAGAAAACAAUUUUUUAUUCAGCUGCGUCGGGAGAGUGAACCAGUAGAGAAUUUAAUUGGUUUCAACAUGGUCAGCUACAGGUCCUGUAAGAACUUGUGGAAGUCCUGUGUGGAGCACCAUACUUUCUUCCGGGUGCACCAUCCCAAUCCACCUGCAAAAAAAAUGUUUCCUGCGGGAUCACAGUUCAGGUACAGGUCAUCCAGCAAGCGAUACCGGCGGACAGUUGGAGCUGUGUCUAGAGAAGCCAUUUUGGAAGAAAACAGGUACAUUGACAGCUAUCGACAGAUGUCAAAGUCACAGACAUUUUCUGGCAAUAGUCCAAGCCACGAUGCUGGCACUGCUACAUCUGCCACCAAUAAUAACAGCGGCAACCACAAUUUCACCAGGCAGGAUGGUGUGAGUAGCCAGGUGCGGGCAACUUUACCUCACAACUACAAGUCUGUGCAUUCCUGGGAAGAAGGUAGCCAUCCACAGCCCAAAAAUGAAGGUAGCUUUAUAUCUCACGGUGCCGGCGACAACUACUCCAGCACGGUUUCCACAAAAGUCAUCAACCACAGCUCUAACACAGACAGCUGCUCUCACAAUGGAAACCUUACUGCCAGUCACCAGACUACCGAUUCCCUGUACGAGCUGCCCAGUUAUGACGAUUUUCUGCCCAAUGGAAAAAGCCAUCCUGAAGGCCAAGGCCUUGUUACAAUUCGGAUGAAACCAGAUGAAAAAGGAAGAUUUGGUUUCAAUGUGAAAGGUGGAGCAGAUCAAGGCAUGCCUAUCAUUGUGUCCAGAGUUGCUCCAAAUACUUCGGCUGACCUGGCCAUCCCACGACUUAAUGAGGGAGACCAGGUGCUUUUCAUCAAUGGGAGGGAUGUGUCACAACACACGCAUGAACAGGUUGUGAUGUUUAUAAAAGCUUCAAGGGAGACCCACUCGGGAGAAUUAACCUUGAUUGUCAGACCAAAUGUUCAAAUCAACGAGGACCCUGGGGAUGAGCCGGACUAUUCUUACGUACCAGAAACACAUCAGAUUGCUUCAACGUCUUCCAGUGCUAACACACUGGAGUCAUCCCUCAUGCUUUUACAGGAGAGUUUGGAAAGUGGUGCAGCCAUAGCUCAGUUUGAACAACUGUACCGCAAAAAGCCAGGACUGACAUUGAAUGCUGCAAAACUUGAUGCCAAUCUUAGCAAAAACAGAUACAGGGACAUAUCUCCAUAUGACCAAACCAGAGUAGUGUUGACAAAUGCUGCCUCUGGGGAUUAUAUCAAUGCCAACUUUGUCAAUAUGGAAAUUCCUGAUUCAGGAAUUAUCAACAGAUACAUUGCUGCACAAGGUCCCUUGCCUAACACUUGCACAGACUUCUGGCAGAUGAUAUGGGAGCAGCGGUCAUCCCUUGUGGUCAUGUUGACCACCAAGGUUGAAAGAGGCCGCGUUAAAUGUCAUCAGUACUGGCCCCAGUUGUUUGAGACCGAAGACUUUGGAACCCUUCAGGUCACCUGUGUCAAGGAGGAGGACACCCAUUCUUUCUCAUUUCGAGAUUUCAGCUUGAACCACUUAGAAACGGGUGAAAAAAGACUUAUCAAACACAUGCAGUACAUUGCUUGGCCAGACCAUGGAGUCCCCGAUGACCCCAGUGACUUCCUCCAUUUUGUUAUGCUUGUUCGACAGAACAGAAAAGGGAUGGCUGAUCCCACUAUUGUUCACUGCAGUGCUGGCAUUGGGAGAACAGGUGUACUGAUCACAAUGGAAACUGCCAUGUGUCUUAUAGAAUCCAACCAGCAGGUUUUUCCACUGUCGCUUGUUCGUCAGAUGAGAGAACAAAGAGCAAUGCUUAUUCAGACAUCUAGUCAGUACAAAUUUGUGUGUGAA